UUUUCAUCUUAAAAUUGUUAAACCAAGUUGAGUAUGACAGCAUGACCCCGUUGAACCCCCACAUCAGGAUCGUCAUGCUAGGUUCAUGAUUUAUUUCGCGUAACAAAUCCUGGAGGUUAAGUCGGCCCGUGAAUUUUUUUACCCAUAUAUAUACACGUACAAGUUCCUUUUUUAAUUGGAAAAAUGGUUGGAUUAAUAUUUUUCGCUAUUAUUUUGGUUAUUAUUUAUAAAUAUGCUUUUAAAAAAAAUAAAAAACCUGAAGGAUUUGAAGAUGUUCCAUUUAUUUCUGGAUUACCCGUAGCAUGGGCAUAUUUACGACAAAGAAAUUACGAUGAAAUUGGAGAUUUAAUUCGUAAUCUCUCAGGAGGUCAUGGAUUUUAUUUUAGUCGCUUCGGCUCAUUUAUACAAUUAAACAUUGCAAGCCCUGAUUAUGCUAAAAUUUUAUUAACUCAAUCAGAGGAUGCUGCUCCUAAGUCUGAACAGAAUCCUACAAGUAUUUUAUAUAAAUUUUUCGGAAAUGGAUUACCAUUUUCUAAUGGUGACAAAUGGAGAGCUCAUAGGAAAUUAGCAACCCCAGCGUUCAAUAAUGCAUUAUCUCCAGAAAUGGUUGGUGAAACUACAUUAGAUCUUAUUUCCUUCAUUCAACAAAAUUUAAACCGACCAAUUGACGUAUUCGAAAUUAUGCAACGUACUACGAUUGAAGUUCUGGGAAAAUUGGCUUUUGGAUAUAAAUUUGGCUGUUUAGAAUCUGAAGAAACUCCUCAUAUUAUAAAGGUUUAUAAAUACGUUAUUUCAACUAUUGUAUCUCCUUACCGUCGAGUAUUUCGUUGGAUAAGUAAAUUACCUAUAGAAUCUAACAAAAAAUUCAUGAAUGCAAUCGAAGAAUUUGAUGGAUUUAUUUUUGAUAUUAUAGAAACAAAGAGAAAUGAAAUUAAAAAAAAUCCUUAUAAUAAAGGUCAUGACUUAUUAACAAGUAUGUUAGAACUUGGUGAACAGGAAGGAAUUAAUACUGAUGUAAAACAGUUAAGAGAUGAGAUGGUAAAUUUUUUUGUCGCAGGUCAUGAUACAACUUCGAUGUCGUUGAGUGUAUCGCUUUAUUAUCUUGCAAAAUAUCCAGAAAUGCAAGAAAAGGCACGAGCAGAAGUGAUUAGUAUUCUCGGUAACUUUCCAAAUACACUACCAAAUUCGGAUCAAUUAAAGGAAUUGAAAUACGUUAGUGCAAUAAUUAAAGAAUCCUUACGAAUCCAUCCACCGGUACCAGUAAUAACUUUUAGAAAAUUAAAGAAACCAGUUAAGAUUGAUAAAUAUACUUUGCCAAUAAACACCACACUCCUAGUAAAUGCUUGGCAAAUUCAUCAUGAUCCAAAAUAUUGGGAAAAUCCAAAACAAUAUAAUCCUGAAAGAUUCCUAAAUAACGAAAAAAGACAUCCAUUUGCUUGGAUUCCUUUUUCUGCUGGUCCGAGAAAUUGUAUUGGACAAAAUUUUUCUUUAAUGGAACAAAAAGUUAUUAUUUCAAUGUUAUUGCUCAAAUAUAAUUGGACCCUCCCUAAAAAUAGCAUUAAUAAGGAUAAAUUAUUAUUAGCACCUCAAUUUUUAUUGAGACCCGUUGAUUUAAAACUUGUAUUUACGGAAAGAAUUAAUUGAUAAAAUAUAUAUUAUAUACGG